AUGGUUGUUCUGAAAGGAAUCCCCUCGGUUUUAUCACCUGAUCUGCUUUAUGUUCUCGCUAAAAUGGGCCAUGGGGACGAACUGGUGCUUGCAGAUGCUAAUUUCCCUGCAUCUUCCAUUUGUGCUUGUGGCCCCAAAGAAAUUAGAGCUGAUGGUUUGGGAAUUCCACAACUUUUGGAAGCCAUUUUAAAGUUGUUGCCUUUGGAUACCUACGUCCAUAAUCCGGCAGCAGUCAUGGAUCUGGUGGAUAUCGACAAAAGGAAAUGUUUAGCUGUUCCUAUAUGGAAGACAUACACACAGCUCCUGAGCCAGGCAGGAUGUCAGGUUCCGCCUGAGAAAGUGGAAAGGUUUGCUUUCUAUGAACGAGCCAAGAAGGCCUAUGCUGUUGUGGCAACUGGGUGA